GGCGGCGAACGGCGCGGCGGGCGGAGACACCAAGGCGGCGUUCGCGCGGAUCUACGACGCGCUCAAGGGGGAGCUGCUCAAGGACCCCGCCUUCGACUUCACCAACGAGUCGCACCAGUGGAUCGACCGCAUGCUGGACUACAAUGUUCUUGGAGGAAAGCUCAACCGUGGGCUCUCCGUGGUCGAUAGCUAUAAGCUGUUGAAAGGUGCCGAUGAUCUGAGUGAGGAGGAGAUGUUCCUCGCCAGCACUCUCGGCUGGUGCAUCGAAUGGCUUCAAGCCUUCUUUCUCGUGCUUGAUGAUAUCAUGGAUGACUCUGUCACUCGACGUGGCCAGCCUUGCUGGUUUAGAGUGCCUCAGGUUGGCUUCAUUGCUGUCAAUGACGGGAUUAUCCUUCGGAACCAUAUUUCGAGGAUGCUUCGGCUUCACUUUAAGAAGAAACCUUACUACGCUGAUCUCCUUGACUUAUUCAACGAGGUUGAGUUCAAAACAGCUUCAGGUCAAAUGCUGGACCUUAUCACAACUCACGAGGGAGAAAAGGAUCUAACGAAAUAUAACAUAGGAGUUCACCGCCGGAUUGUUCAAUACAAGACAGCCUACUAUUCAUUUUAUCUGCCGGUUGCAUGUGCACUGCUGCUCUCUGGUGAGAAUUUGGAAAACUACAGUGCUGUAGAGAACAUCCUUGUUGAGAUGGGAACAUACUUUCAAGUCCAGGAUGAUUAUCUAGAUUGUUAUGGUGAACCUGAAUUUAUUGGCAAGAUUGGGACUGACAUUGAAGAUUACAAGUGCUCCUGGCUAGUUGUCCAAGCUCUUGAGCGUGCUAAUGAGAGCCAAAAGAGUGUUCUAUUUGAAAAUUAUGGAAAGAAAGAUGCAGCCAGUGUGGCAAAAGUAAAGACUCUAUACAGAGAACUUGACCUAGAGGCGGUGUUCCAUGAGUAUGAGAGCGAAAGUUACAAGAAGCUGAUCACGGAAAUUGAAGCUCAGCCAAGCGUUGCUGUCCAAAAGGUUCUGAAGUCCUUCUUGCACAAGAUCUACAAGAGGCAGAAGUAGUUUGCCUCUUGAACCAGGGAGCUGUUCCACUGUUUGCAUGCUCGAUAGAUUCCCCAAGUGAUGUCUAUUCAUGAUUCAGUGGUUCAUGAUGUAUGCUGCGCCUUGCUUGCUCCCGAUAAUAAUGAUGCAAGGCGCUAUUUCGGGUUUGAUGAACCGCUUGAUGUAGAGAUACAUCAAUAGUUCUGUAAUUUGCAUCCUACCCUUUUCUUUGAUGUUUUUUCUUAGUUGCCGUAGAGAAAUGAAUCGAAGUUGUAUUUUCAUUGUAUUUCACAGAAAUGAAUUGAAGGUGUAUUUCCAUUGUAUUUCACAAGGUUAUUGUGAAGGAAAAUUAGUGCUGAAAUGAUCAACUGGUGUGUUUCAGAGGUUAUUGUGAAGGAGUAGUGCUUGAAU